AUGAAGAUAACAAGCAUCUUUCUUCUCACUAUCUUGGCCCUGAUGAGCUAUUCCGGCGACUGUAGAAUCAACAAACAAGGAAGACAGCCUGUUUGUGAAGACAUUGGGGGAUGCAUCAAGAUCUAUGACCCUGUCUGUGGUACUGAUGGACGUACUUAUCCCAAUGAAUGCACUCUGUGUCAAGAAAAUAAGAACCGCCAGUUUCCUGUCCUCAUUCGGAAAAAGGGGACUUGCUAA